AUUUGGUGCUCGUCUUUCAUCGCUCAAUUUCAAUUUAUCGCGAUAUUUUUAUUAUCGAAAUAUCGCGAUAAAUUAGUUUCGGUAAGGCUGUCGGUAAAGGCGUCUGGCUAAGUAGCAAAACUCAAAUUUAUUCGCAAACAAUAAUGAGCUUCAACUCCACUCGCUCUGCCAACUUUGGGUAACGGCAACAAUAAGAAGAAGAUGAAGGCUAUUCAGAUCGAAGCGACCCUUCGAGUAACGGCAACAAUAAGAAGAAGAUGAAGGCUACUCAGAAAACCCUAGGCAUGGCUUGGGGUUCCAAUUCUCGUUCUUCCUCCCGCUCCUCCUUUCGCAAUUCGCCGUUCUCCGAUUUCGAUGCAAGCGAAGCUUCAAUUCGCUGUAUUCAAACCCUUCGAGUAACAGCAACAAUAAGAAGAACUCAGAAAACCCUAGGCAUGGCUUGGGGUCCCAAAUCUCAUUCUUCCUCCCGCUCCUCCUUUUGCAAUUCGCCUUUCUCCGAUUUCGGCAGGGAGCCCUGUAACACGUUGGGCAUCUUUGGCUUUUGGUGCUGGAGUGGGUAUUGGGUCAGCAUACACAGUGCUCAUACAAGUUUGAUGGAUCUCCUGCAAAGCUAUCCACCCCUACAAUUUCAGAUACUCCAGCUUCUCUGGUAAGUUUCUUCUCUGCUUUAUGACUUGCUCGAGUGAUGUAUGUUUUGUCACUUUCCUUUCAUUUUUAGUUUUUUGUUGCUCACUCAAUAGAACUUUUCCAUUUCA